CCUCUUUUAGUCACAGGUGUACACACUGAGAAGCAAUUUAAUGACGCGAACGCCAGCAGCGCUGUUCAACUCUAUUUCAGUACUCAGGGCGCGUUCAAUCGAAGUGGUUGGUUAUGCACAUGUAAUAAAGAAAAAGGUUUUCAUUUUGUGACAGCACGUUACACGGUGGAUAUCGAUUGAAAAGUAAUAUCACUAGACUGGAAGCUGGCUAAACGACUCGCAUCGAAUAAAUCUUUCAGUGAAUCGAAGAAUUUUCAUCGACCGUUCGCUGUCACAGCAAGCGAAAACACCGCGAAAACCCUGGGAACAUUUCUCGUGGAAGAAGAACGAAGACGAAGCGUGCAUGCUGAGGACAGCAAAGUUUAGUGACCCACCCAAGAUCGGCUGGGAAGUCCUUAUGGUAGCUGAAGGCCGUGGACGAGCAUUCCCGAGCGAGAUCCAAGGGCUGAAGGGCUGGCCCCGUCGUUGGAUCCACUCGGCCAGUACUUAUAUUUAGAAUAAAAAUGACCGACAGAAACGAGAAUUUCUUAUGCGAAACCGAGGAUGAAUCGAGCGGACAACCUAUACCCUAUAAACCUGCUUGCAAUUGGAACAACAAUAACGAUAUUCAUGGUAAUGGUUCAAGGAACAUCGUCAAGAAGGACGGAGGAUUAAGCGUGAUCAAGGAUUCGAAUUAUUUCCCAAAACCCGUCAAUCAUUACAAAGAUCAAACUAAUUUGAAUGGUCGCCAUCCGAAGAGAGCUCCCAUCGUUGGUUGGCAAAAUGGAAGUCCAACGGUGUUUCCAAGCACACCGUGCGGUACACCUGACCCAGACACACUGGAGACGAUCGAUCUGUCUCGUUCCCAAAGCGUCGUAUCCACGAAGAGUUCAGGGAUAUGCCAGGAUUCUGGUAACACCGAGGACCUCAGCAGUCUGGCCGACGAAAGACUCCUUCAGUCUACACCGGCGCGCACCAUCGACAGAAGCGUGGAAUCUUUGUCGCCUGACAAAGACACCUUCUUAACUUUGUCACCAGAAAUAGGAAGGAGCAAGGAUCUAAGCUUGGCCGAUGAUCUGGAGGAUAAGAUUGAUCUACUCAGCCCUGGAACGGACUGCACCGAGGACAGGGUACCGCCUACCCCUAUGGAAACCAGCUACCUCAGUUCCCCUAAUCUAACGCUAGGACCAAGUCCCACUAACAAGCACGAAUUAGCAACGUUGAACUUCGAAUCCCACCCGAUUCACAGAACCGAAGAGAUAAGCAAUUUUCAGAACUAUCCAGAUACCAGAACUAUCAUCACCCCGAAUCCAGGCUUCAGGGAGGAUGAUUGCAGAGAUUCUAUUGACUCUGAUUUAGACUUGGAUGGGGAUUUAGCUAAGACCCAGACGGGCAAGCCUAAAAUACCUGACGGUGGUUGGGGCUGGGUGGUUGUAUUAGCUUCUCUGAUCAUCUCCAUGAUAGCCGAUGGGGUGUCUUUUAGUUUUGGAUUGUUGUACAUUGAAUUCCUUCAGGAAUUCGGUGCGUCCAAGUCGAAGACCGCUUGGAUAGGUUCGUUGUUCAUGGCGGUACCACUUUUGUCAGGUCCUAUAAUGUCUGCCUUGGUUGAUCGUUACGGAUGCAGGGCUAUGACUAUUCUCGGAGGUUUGAUCUCCGGCAUCGGCUUCGUGCUCAGUUGCUUCAGCAACACCAUCGAGGUAAUGUACUUAACUUUUGGAGUGAUUGCGGGUAUCGGUCUGGGUCUGUGCUAUGUCACUGCGGUCGUGAGCAUCGCGUAUUGGUUCGACAAGAAACGAACCCUAGCUGUAGGUCUAGGUGCCUGUGGCACUGGUAUCGGUACCUUCGUCUACGCCCCCAUGACCACUUUCUUCAUCGAGGAGUACGGAUGGCGCGGUACCUGUCUGAUGUUAGCUGGUACCUUCUUCAACAUGAUCGUCUGCGGGACCGUGAUGCGUGAUCCAGAGUGGUGGAUCAUCGAGCAGCAGAAACAGAAUGGAACGACACCGAAGAAGUCAGCUACCAAGUCCGAGUGCGAUAGAUCUAUAGCAAGUCCCGAGGAUGAGUUCCCUGGGGUGGAGGAGCUUAGGAGGAUGCUGAAGAGCGGACACACACCGGAGUACCUUUUGCAGAUUCUCAGUACCACCACUGAGGAUCCACUGAAUGGAGAUAUCAAAUUCAGAAGCGUCGUUAAUUUGCCCACAUUUGUGAAACAUAACGAGAAGGUGCCUGUGGAGGUAUUAGAACUGCUUGCCAGUAAUCCAAGGCUCUACAAGGUCAUUCUGGAGAACUAUCCCAAUCUUCUAUCCUGUAGAAGUUACUCGGAUAAAAAGUUACACGAAUCCGUUGGGGAAGUAGGCAACAAGAGUGUCGUUACAAUGUCUAUGAGGUUGAAGCAAGCAAACGACGGGCCGAAGGGUGAAGAUUCUCAUGCGACGAACAAUUGUCAUUCUGGAUCCGCGUGUAAUUCCAUUAAGAAUCAUAUAACUAAAAAGAUAGUUAGAAAGGAAUCUGAAGAAGCAAAUCCUUUAUUGACCAAAGAACUUGAACAUACAACAACCGAAGGUCGAAAAGUAAAGUCUACUUCAAGAGGUAUAGGAGAACUGAAUUGUGGUGUUGUCAGAACAGAUUCACUCCCAUGGUUGAGAAGACAAUUUAAUACGAAUACUCAUUAUUUCAAGGAUAUUAGAGUUCAUAGAAACUCGGUUAUGUAUCGUGGUGCUGCUCUGAAUUUGCACAAGUACAGAUUAAGGGCCAGUAGCUGUCCUGAUAUUUAUAGGAACAGCAUGACUACAUUGGCGAAAGAAAAUGAAGAGAAAUGGUACAGCGAAUUGGUAGAUUUAUUGAAGGGUAUGAUGGAUUUCUCAAUGUUCCUGGAAUUACACUUUUUAUUACUAUCACUAUCAACGAUCUUGUUGUUUACUUGGUUUAUCGUGCCUUAUUUUUAUCUUGCCGAACACUUAACCAGAAACAGUUACACCGAAUCCGAUGCUGCGAAUCUUCUUAGUAUCAUCGGCAUCACCAACACCAUUGGAAUGAUUGGUCUUGGUUGGGCUGGCGAUCAACCUUGGAUGAACGUUAGCAAAACGUACACUUGGUGUUUGGUUGCCUGUGGUAUAGCAACAGUUUUAAUGUCAAUAUUAACUCCUUACUAUAACUGGUUGAUGGUUACCUCAGCAGCAUUUGGCCUGUUUUUUGCCAGUAGCUUUAGCUUCACUCCUGUUAUACUUGUAGAAUUAAUACCUCUUGAGAGAUUCACCACUGCCUAUGGCCUUAGCCUCUUGUGUCAAGGGAUUGGAAAUCUUCUUGGUCCACCAUUGGCUGGCUGGUUGUUUGAUGUAACAGAUUCAUGGGAUUUGUCAUUUCACAUGGCUGGUGGGUGGAUCAUUGUUUCUGGACUUUUAGUAGGGCUUGUUCCUUAUACGAAAAAUAGGAAGAUCUGGGGUGAGGGUCCUAUUGAAAUGGAACGUGAGAAAGAUUGUUUAGCUUAAAUUUGUUUUAUUAAAUUUGAUCAACGUUCCAGUUGGGUACAUCGUAGUCGAAUGGAUUUUGAAAUCUAACUGAUGUUAAAAAGUUAUAUUAGUUUUGAAGGUGCUAUCUAAAGGGGUUCACUCCUUAAAUUUGUUCGUAGGAAGGAUAGAUAGUAAAAUUGUUAGUUCGUUUAUACUUAUUUCCUUGUUAUUGUUACAGAAAAUCAGGAUUAGAAUAAUAAUUAUAUUUCGUUUAUUUUUUAGUUAUUAUAUUAGUUUUUCCAUGUUUGGGGGAGCAAUUUACUUCUAGCCUUAUUUUUAAUUAUACAGUCAUAUUUUCGCGUACAGUGAUAAUAGUAGCAUUUAUAGAUCAAUAAUGAUAUUUGUCAAACAUAAUAUACAGUAUUGUAUAUUUGUUUAUAGGUUUAAUUAUUUAAAUCUACAAUCUACUCUAUUUUUCGAUUCAUAUGCACGAUAGGUAUUAAAUAGACAAAUAUAUCUUUUAUGAAAUUUAUUCAAAUAAUAUAUAUUUUCUUUAAAACAUGCUAUCGUGAAUCGAUAGCUUUAAUUCUAAAGUAGCAAAUAUCUAAGUAGCUAAAUGAAUCUUUUUUCAAAAAUUAUUUUAGCGAUAAAGCUUUUUACUAUGAAAUUGAAAGUAGUUGCUUGAUAAUUAUUUAACAAGUUAUACAUAUGUAUAACAUAUACAUUCAUAUUCGACCAGUUAUUAUAACUAUGAAAAUUGUAUAUGUAUUCGGUAAUUAACAAAAACGAUUAAAUUCGUGUAUUCGUAAAAGUGUUAACCAAGACAAGGAAUUUUUGGGGUGCAAACAGAAUUAGGUACACUUCUAAACUUUUGCCUUAUAGCGUCCAAUAUAUACGAAUAGCUAAAUCAAAAGUCUGUCGCGGAAACGAAAACGAUGCAUUAUAAAUUUCGCAUCGUUGUAACGAAACGUCCUGGCCGUGAUCGUGUCGUUUUUUUCAGGAGAUAAAAACGUAGAAAAUUGCGUGAUCGAACCUUUAGAGUUCGCUGACUCCAGCGAAACUGUUGAUAAAAUAUUUUCGAAGUUCAAUGUUAUCUUGUUAUAUAAAUAUAUAUUGAAAAUUAACAAAUUCAUCCAACUUUUGGAUAAUUAUUUACAGCUUUUUCGAAACGUUUAAACAAUUUGACAAUUUUCAUAGGAAGAAAAACGUAGGAUUAUAAUAUAAUCAGUGUUUUACUUAAACAUUUCUUGAUGUCUGUACUUAAUACUCCUUUAAUUAAAUCUUAUUAAAGAAUUUUUGUAUAUAGCCGAUAUUUUAUUAAAACAACUAUAUGUAUAUAAAUAAUUAUCCGGGCAAUUAUUAUUAUAUGAAGGACACAUAUAAAUAUGCUUCCAAGUAUAAACUAGUCAACAAUGGCAAUCACGUUGUCGUAUUAACGUUGCAUUAUUCGUGGGAUUAAAAUUGAUAAACGUAUAUUCAAUGAAAUUUGAAAAGAAAAAAACAUAUAUUACCGAUGACUUGUAAUGCCUGAAAUGUUAAUAACGUAUGUAUAAAUAGAUACGAACAUUUAUAUUUAUAUAAAUAUAUACAUACAAUACAGAAGAACGCAAUGAAAUUAUUUAAUUAAAAGAACGAAAGCGCAGAAAAGGACGGAGCUGAGAAAAAAAAAAAUAACGAAACACUAUGAAUUCUUUUCCUUUCUUUCGUUUUGUUUCUUU